AUGAUGAUCCAAUUGCAAGCCAGCCCCUUCCUCAGGCAGGAGACGGGCAGGACGUUACCUCCCCUCAGCCACAUUCAACAGGACCGCCACAGACUUGACGGGCUUGCAGACGCCGCCGUCUGCCUUCAGGAGCCGGGUGUCUACUCCCCUGCCGACUCUCCCACAAGCCCCGACUUCCACGAGUACACCUUCGGCAAUUCGUUCUUGGCUUCAAAUGAGUCCAAAUCACACGGAAUCCCCUCCAUCCAAAGCUUGUUCGCCAUCGCGGACGGGGACCGGCCACGCAGCUAUGGGUUCGACCCUCCGGGGCCUGAACCCAGCUUCAGGAGGCCUAGCACUGGUUCCGAGUCCUCGUUCCAGGGAAGCUUCACCAGCGUGCCUGAGCUCUCACGCCUGUCGACGGCCAGCCCACCUCCCAGGCUUGUCCCAAGAACUCCUGAGGCGCACCACACAAUUGCCCCGGGGGAUGACCUCAAGAUCAAACUCACUCUGGUCUGUUUGGCGAAACAGCUGGAACGCCUGGAACAAAAAAACAAGAGGGGACUUAUGUCCGCUCGAGGACGGAGGCCGUCUUCCCGCCAUGCGCCAUACUCUACCGUCGCGUCCAACAAAGGACGCCGCGACGGCGGCGGCAACAGCAGCCAGCCCGGCACACCGCCCAGGGGCAAGCAGCAGAAGAAGCCGCACUUCAACCUCCGGUACCCCAAGUCGGUCAAGCUCUUUAUCCUGUACCACAAGGAGGACUGCGGGUGGGGGUGGAAGGCGAUCAACCGGCGGCGCGUGGACCUGCUCCCGGUGCUGUACCGCGGCGGGUACAAGCCCGAGAUCGAGGAGAACCGCGAGGUCGCGGGCAUCAACGGCUUCUACUACCGGCUGAACGAGGUCAUGCCGGCGCUGACGCCCGACGGCAGUGGGCUGCGCUUCGUGGAGCACGGCGGCCGCUCCUGGGAGCUGACGGAGCCGUCCAAGUGCCGCGAGGGGGCGGGCAGGGGCGAGGAGAGGAGGAAGGGCGGCGGGAGAGGCAGCAAGGCCAAGGACCAGGGUGACGCCGAGGCGAGACCCAGGGGCAUGGUCGACAGGUACCCGGAGGAGGUCGUCUACCACUGGGACGAGUUCGUGAAGCACUUUGUGCCGCCGGCGAGGCACGCCGAGGUGAGAUCCGCGCCCGAUCAAAGAAGGGAAAAGGGCGUGCCGCAGUGGGCGCCCGACAACGAGGAGGAGAGGGUCAGGCACACGAACCCGCCCAACGCGAAGACCAAGACCCCAAAGGCGAAGGACGGCGACGCGGACGAGGCGCUGCCGGAGCUGAUGCGCUCUUGCGAGCUGGCCCCUAAAAUGGAGGAGGAUUAA